GACCAGUAUGUCCUGGAGAAAGGUUUCUACAGUAACUCUGCCGACUGGGGCUCUUCAGACAACCGCAUUCUGCUGUCCAGCCCAUCCUGCAGGCUCCAAGUGAAAACCAGGGCAGCGUCAGAAGUGAGGUGAUGCUGUACACCGAGCCAGAUUUCCAGGGGGAAUGCCAUGUGUGUGACAAGAACCAGGAGUCCCUCUCUGACAAGCUCGUCGCCAAGUCCUGCAGAGUGGUGGGAGGAAGUUGGGUGGUGUACGAGGGCCGUGAGUAUUCAGGGAACCUGUACAUCCUGUCAGAAGGAGACUACCCCAACUUCACCAGCAUGGGCUGUCCUCCGAACUGUGUCAUACGCUCGCUGAAGACUGUCCCGCUGGUAUUCUCAGUGCCCUCCAUCUCUCUGUUUGGUCUGGAGUGUUUGGAGGGCAGGGAGAUCACAGUGGACACAGAGGUGGCCAAUAUGCUGGAGGAGGGCUACAACAACCAUCUACUCUCGGUCAGAGUCAACCGAGGCUGCUGGGUGAUGUGUGAGCACAGUAACUACAGGGGGCGACAGUUCCUAUUAGAACCCAUUGAAAUCUCCAACUGGCCCAAAUUCAGUCAGCUUCUCACCAUUGGCUCAAUGUACCCAGUACGGCAGAGGCGGCACUUCUUUCGCAUCAAAAGCAAAGAGCGAGGUCACUUCCUGUCCAUCCAGGGUGGCGUAGAGGAAAUGAAGUCGGGRCGCGUGGUGGUGACCGAGCAGGUGGAGGGCAUGAGCGAAAUCUGGUUCUACCAGGAAGGCCUCAUCAAGAACAAGUUGGCUCCUACUAUGAGCCUGCAGGUAAUGGGGAACGUGGAGGCGGGGGCGAAAGUGGUGCUGUGGUCAGAGACCCGGCAGCCUGUCCAGACCUGGUCGGCCCAGAUGAGAGGCACCAUCCCCAGCCUCACCUUCCCUGGCAUGGUGUUGGACAUCAAGGGUGGCAAGCAGUACGACAGAGACCAUGUGGUGAUUUUACCAGAGAGUGAGGAGAGGCCUUGCCAACAGUGGGAGCUGGAGCUGCUGUAACCUUCCAAUAACCUUCCCUCAACCCGCACCCUUCACCCGCUCCUCCAAUACAAUACAUUCCAAUAUCCCCAACCCCUCAGAACUCCUGCUUUUCAGUCUGCGGAGAUGGACAUGGCCUUUAGGAAGCACCACAGACGUAACCUUGUGUCAUYAUGGUCAGGCACUCUCAAGAGGACCCCAGAACAUCUUCAUUGCAGUUAAAGGGUUUCUUGAAUUCCGUGAAGAAUCAUAUGAGGGGUUAUCAUUUUUAGCCUGAAUGUGAGGACAGCAGCAUACGAAUGACUCAACAAUCAACAACCAGUGCUUUUGGAUGUGGUCAACUGGAGAGGAUGGGAAGGGUAGUCCUUCUUUUCCCCUCCCUUAAAAUGUGUGUAUUUGGAUUAUUCUAUUUACAGACAUUCUACCCUCUCAGAUUCUUCCUUGACUUAGAUGGUAUGACCCGGCUUAGCACACACAGUAGUGGACAGAACCAUUCAGUUGAACCCACUAAUGAUUAUUGGGAAGGUCACGUUACAUCUACUAUAUGAUACAUCAUCUGUGGCUACAAGCAGUAUAUUUAAGAGGGAUUCAUAAAGGAAGCCAAAUCUAUGUACAUUAUUUUCUGAAUUGGCUUAUUUCUGUAUUUUUUUUAAAUUUUGUUUGACUAUGUAUGUAGUUUACUACGUUUUGGGAAAACAUUGGAUGGGAAGUGUAUUCUUUAUGCAGUAUAAUACAUACACAAUACAUAUAAUAAUGUAUGAUGCAGUAUAAUACAUACACAAUACAUAUAAUAAUGUAUGAUGCAGUGCAAUGACUCUGUGGGCUUUUAUGCAGUUCCUCUCUAAUGCUACACAGUAUGUUCUUCUAUUUCACUAUGGUCUAUCUAUUUUCAUAGAUAUGAAUCAUACAUUUCCAAUCACUGUCAAUAUACCGGUUACGUUCUUAUUUGUAUUAUUUAACACAAAUGCCUUGCACCUCGAUGCAUUAUUCUUUGAUACCAAAAAUAGAAUGUGAAAAGAAAUGAGUGGUUAUAAAAUAUAUAAAUAUUAAAUAAAACUAUCAAA